CUUGCAGUGGCUAGAGAAAAGGGACAUGUUAGAAGCUGGUAGGGCCGCGGAGCCGUGCGUGUAGUCGGGGUAAAAGACACCCUCUCAGAGAUGGGCUACGUAGCCCAAAGAGGAAAGAGACGAAUCUGAACUGUGUCCCUACAAAGUGGUCUUGGCGUGGUGUUUCUGGGCAUUCGUAUGCAGGAGUUAUUUAGUGUUUAAAAUGUGGGAGAUGGUGGCGUUACCGAGAGCGAGCUCUCCCUUCCUGUCGUCUAGGACAAGAUGGCAGCAAUGCAGGCGAACUGUGCAUGAUAUGGAUUUAUAAGUCCAUAACAUGUUCAGAGAAGCCCUGGAUUAUACUUAUAGUGACUCUAUGUGAAGGUAUGGCCUCACAAGUCUUGGUCUACCCACCACACAUUUAUCAAACCCAGACAAGUGCCUUUAGCAGUGUGAAGAAACUUAAAGUUGAGCCCAGCAGCUGUGUGUACCAUGAGAGGUCACACCCGCAGACUUUUCUGAACAGCAGAACCCUUGGUAUUGUACACCCGACAAAACAAGCCCACUCAUUUGUGAACCGAGACUUGGCAGUGGGUGUGAAAGUGCGCGGAGGACAAAAGUACCCCAUUCAGACGGUGUUGGUGCGUGGUGUACAGAGACAACAACCUGUUAAAAGAGGAGGAGGACCAGGCCCAGCUGCAGCCCAGCAGCGGCAGGACACUGGGGUUGUCCACUUGCAGGGCAAGGAGGACCAGCACCACACAGACACAUCAAGUGGGGGCAGCAGUGGAGCAACAGGGGCAGGAGGAGGGGGAAGGGGAAAGGGCUGCAGUGGAGAAGGUGAGGCAGGUGGAGAGGAGGAGGGUGACGGAGAAGAGGACAGUGGAGGUUUGAACUCAGCUGACAGCUCUCAGCGAUGUGGGCUGAAACGUAAAAGUCAGGAGCUGGAAAACCGGGGGAGCACCAUGCAGAUUGUGGAGGAACUGUUGCCCGCCAUGUUGCAAACGGCAAACGUAGGGAAUGCAGCUGUGACUGCACCUGCAGUCGUGGGAGCUGGAGGGGGUCCGACCAAGCAGGGUCCAGGGCCUGGGGGUGUAGGUGCAGCAGGAGGAACGGGGGGAGGCGAUGGGGACUAUCAGGUAGUACAGCAUGAAGUCCUGUGUUCCAUGAAGAAUACUUAUGAAGUCCUGGAUUUCUUGGGCCGUGGCACAUUCGGCCAGGUUGUCAAGUGCUGGAAGAGAGGUACAGGUGAGGUAGUGGCUGUGAAGAUCCUGAAGAACCAUCCAUCAUAUGCACGUCAGGGUCAAAUUGAAGUAGGCAUCCUAGCUCGUCUGAGUGGGGAGAAUGCAGAUGAGCACAACCUGGUGCGAGCGUUUGAAUGCUUCCAGCACCGCAGCCACACCUGCCUGGUGUUUGAGAUGCUUGAACAGAACCUGUAUGAUUUCUUGAAGCAGAAUAAGUUUAGCCCUCUGCCCCUGAAAGUGAUCAGACCCGUGCUACAGCAGGUUGCUACAGCUUUGAAGAAGCUGAAGAGCAUGGGUCUGAUUCACGCGGACCUCAAGCCCGAGAACAUAAUGCUGGUGGACCCAGUGAGACAGCCCUACAGGGUGAAGGUGAUAGACUUUGGCUCAGCCAGUCACGUCUCCAAAGCAGUGUGCUCAACGUACCUUCAGUCUCGGUACUAUAGGGCUCCAGAGAUUAUUUUGGGAUUACCGUUUUGCGAAGCCAUAGACAUGUGGUCCCUCGGCUGUGUGAUAGCUGAACUUUUUCUGGGCUGGCCUCUUUAUCCAGGCGCCCUGGAGUAUGACCAGAUUCGCUACAUUUCUCAGACCCAAGGUUUGCCAGGAGAACAUUUAUUGAAUGCGGGGACAAAGACAUUACGUUUUUUUUGCAGAGAGUCUGACUCACCUUAUGCAGCAUGGAGACUAAAGUCAACAGAUGAGCACGAGACGGAGACAGGGAUGAAAUCAAAGGAAGCGAGGAAGUACAUCUUCAGCUGUUUGGAUGACAUAGCGCAUGUGAAUUUGGUGAUGAAUCUGGAAGGUAGUGACUUGCUAGCAGAGAAGGCAGACCGGCGGGAGUUUGUGGGCCUGCUGAAGAAGAUGUUGUUGAUCGAUGCGGAGGAGAGGAUUUCCCCCACCGAAGCGCUCAGCCACCCCUUUGUGGCGAUGCAACAUCUGCUUGACUUUCCCCACAGCAACCACGUGAAGUCAUGUUUUCACAUCAUGGAUGUCUGCUGGGCUCGUCCCAGUGCUUAUGAGUCAGCCAACAGAAAUAAAGGCCCUUUCGUCAGACCAGUGACCACAACGACUGCUCCCUCAGUCAACCACCCCUUCAGCAAGAUGACCGGCGUCCACACUCAAGGGUUAGCACCAUCAGCCCCCUCUGUAAUGCACCCAGGGAUACCACUGCCAACAGGAAGUGGGCAGUUUGGAUGCAGUGAUUCCUUUCAGCAGGCCCUCAUCUUGUGUCCCCCACCCAUUCAAGGAAUUCCCCCUAACACAGCUAAACCAACUGGCUACUCUGUUCGAAUGGAGACGUCUGUGCCUCUGGUCACUCAAGCGCCUCCAAUCCAGCCCAUUCAAAUCAGACCUGGAGUCAUCACGCAGGCCUGGUCCAACCGUGCACAGCAGAUCUUGAUGCCCACUUGGCAGCAGGUGACGUCAGUGCCCCCACCGCCACCAACCACACUGGCAUCUGACACGGUGGCAGGCUCACAGAGAUUGGGUGACUGGGGGAAAGUGCGUCCUCAUGGCAACCAUUACAGCUCCAUGAUUGCACACCCUCAGCCGUUCUUAACCAACCAAAUGACCAUGUCCACCCACCAGCCGAUCAACAUAGGCAUUGCACAUGUGGUGUGGCCGCAGCCAGCUGCCAACAAGAGGCCCAAGGCUUGUGUGAACAGGUAUACCUUGUGCAGCAAAUACACAUACACCUGCACUGUAAAGAGUCUUGUCCCUUAUUCAUUUGAACAUAUUUUCUUCUGUAGGGGCAGCAACUUCUCUCAAAAUACAAACAUCCAAAAUAUAGCAUGCCAGUCGCCAAAGAUGGCCGAUACAGCAAAGAAUGUCGUGGAAGUGGAGGAGGAGAAGGCCAGAUGCCCAGGUGAAGGCAACACCGUUGGAGAGGAGCAGCGAAGAGAGCGGGCGGAAGACGACGUGAACUGCUGUAAAGUGCAGCCAGACUGUGAGGAGCUCUCGGUUUCACAGAAGCAGCGGCAUGCCAUGGUGAUCUCAGACCUGGCCAGCCCGACUGUUAGUGUUAUCAGCAUCAGCAGCGAUGACGAAGAAGGCACACAGCAACGGCAUUCAAUGGGAGAAUGUAAGGGCAAUGCUGAUUGUGAGGCCUGUCAGAGCACUGUCAGUAUGGAGAGAGUCUGUUCCCUCAGCAGUCCGGACAGCACGCUCAGUACAAGUUCUUCAGCCUCAGCACAGUCCAGCGCGUCACCCUGCAAACACCCCAACAGUAUGUCAGACGACGAACAGGAGAGCGGCUGCGACACCGUGGACAGUUCCCCUGCUUCAGACGCCUCCGGCCACAGCAGCAGUCCCUUCACAGAGCGGCGCUACAUCGCAGACAGCAACCAGAACUGUGAGCCCCGCGUUGCUUGUGUUGCUCCGGAGACUGAGCCCAGCAAGCCUGCCGUUCGUACCGUCGUCGUGCCUCCAAUGAGGAUGCAGAGCAACAACAACAACAACCCUCCUGCCAUUGAAACGUCUGGCACCUCAGUCUUGGAGUCAUCAUGCCAGUCCAAGGGGCGCGGCAUUCCCGGGCGACAACACCACCACUCCACCCCCCUCCUCAACAGGCCACAGAAGAUCACCCCUGCAUUCCAGCCCCAGCAACAGCAGCCAAUAGGCUUUGGGCAGGUGCCGCAUUUUGGUUCCUGCCAUCAGGAAUGGAACGGCAACUUUGGCCACCGGAGACCACAGGCCUAUAUCCCUCCCACCAUGCAUGGCCACACGUUCACCCUGUCCCACAGCAGCCCAAACCACACUACGGGCCCCCACCCCCACCUUGGGGGCCACCCGCACUCCCAGCCCACCUUACUGUCCUAUCCCACAACUGGUCCCCUGGUCACCGCGGCGCCCGUGGCCCACCUCCUGGCUUCCCCUGGAGCCUCCCGCCCCGUCCUCCAGCCCACUUACAGCCUCUCCCACCCAGCAGGCAUCGUGCACCAGGUCACUGUGGGCAUCAACCACCGGCUGCUGCCCUCGCCCACCUUGCACCCCCAGGGUCAAUUCAAGCCCCUCUUUCCCCCGCACUCCUACAUUGCCUCGCCUGCCUACACCAGUUUCCCUCUCAGCCCUACCAAAAUAAACCAGUACCCUUACAUCUGAGCACGGCUGCCCAGAUAAACCACCUGAGGGCUAAGCGAGGAGGGGGAAUUUUAUCUUAAACCAUAAACAUGGUUUUAGUUUUCAAAACCAUGGCACAACCGCAGAUAAACCAAGCUAUUUUUUAAAUCAUGUAGACUUGGGUGUAAUUAAAGUUCAAGCUUUAAAAAUAUUGAGUUCCAAAAGUCGAGGUGAUUUGGGCAAAAAUUAAGAAGGAAAUACUGUAUGAAUGAUUGAAUGAAAGAAUGAAUGAGUAGUUAAACUCACACUUAAUGUGUUUUGCACAUUUGAUAUAUCUUUGCAUUGGAUCUUCUACGAAUACUCCUCAAAACAGGUAAAUAAUUGGGGUGGUGUUGAAUAGUUAGACUUUGCACCCCUGAUCCCAGCUAUUUUUCUAUAUUGCCUUCUUAUGUGUGCAAGACACAUCCAUAUUUGUAAAGCCAUCCCAGUCUCUAGCUCUAGAUUGACAGAUGCACAUGUCGUCCACAGUAUAUGUUGUACUGCGUUUGAAGUAUUUGUACCUUUUCGGUGUCCUUUGGUGUUAGCAAUGUCUUGUCAAUUAACCGAUCUAAAUAGGGUUGUUCCUCACGCUGCAUGUGGUCUUGCAUGAGCAAAAAUGUAAACGGAAAGAUGCAUAGACGUUGCUCUUAUUGUUUGUGUCACAAGACUCGCUGCAUUGUAUAACUGUCCCCAGCCAUAGUGCCUUACAUAUUUGAAGUUGUUAAUGUUACUACUUAUAUAUGACUAUAUACAUGAAUAUUAAUGUACUGGACUGCAGCACUUGAAAUUCCAAUCAGUCGAUGCAUCCUAUGUAUGAGUCUAUAUAUGCACACGUGUAUAUGUCCAUGCAUAGCCUGCAUGGAUGUGAUGUAUCGCGGAUAGCGGUGCUUAUUUUCUGGAGUCGGUGUAUCUUUCAGUGUGUAGUGAGUUACUUUUCGGUUCCCUCUCGAUGAGCGGCAUGCUUUGCUGUUGCGAAUGCUUGCUGUUUUCAUUCAAAAUGUUUGUUUUCGUUUGCCCUUUCCCGAAUGAACUAGUGUACAAAGUGCAAGUACUGAGUAUUGCUUAAUAUUUGAUAAUCACUUUCUAUAUAGUGAAACUCUUAUUACUAACAGUAUUUGUACUGUUUGAUGAAACUGCAAUACAAUCUAAAUAGUCGUUGA